UCAGCCCGCCAGUUUCCUCUUUUCAAAGUGAUACUCUUCUGUCUCAGAGUGCAUUUCCCCUAAUUUUCUCUCUGCCUCUUGACAUCCAGAAGAAAGAAGCAAAGCAGAGAGAAAACUAUGUCAGGUUGGGACGAGGGUGCAGUAUUUUACAGUGACCAAGCCCAGUUUCCGAGAGGUGACCCCGAUCAUGGCUCCGUCACUCGCCACUCUGCUCUCAGAAAGUUCAAAGAGUUCAUUCGAGGCUUCACCGGCCUCAAGGGUGACUUCCCUUACAGAGAAAUGCUUGUCCACAAUUCAAACUAUCUUCCUGUGGCCAUGGAAGAUUUGGACUCUUUUGAUGCGGAACUCUCUGAUAAAAUACGCAAGCUCCCUGCUGAUUAUUUGCCACUGUUUGAAACAGCAGCUGCAGAGGUGCUUGCUAGUUUGCGAUUGAAAGUGGACGGCCAAACAGAGGACUCCGUAACUGAGGAGGUGCAGGUCUUGCUUUCUUCGAAGGAGAAUCCUAUCUCAAUGAGAUCACUAGGGGCUGAGUAUAUAUCGAAGCUUGUGAAGAUUUCUGGGAUCACUAUUGCAGCUUCUCGAACAAAGGCUAAAGCUACUUAUGUAACACUGAUGUGUAGAAACUGUAAGAAUGUAAAGUCUAUACCAUGUAGGCCAGGACUUGGUGGUGCCAUCGUGCCCCGUUCUUGUGACCAUGUCGCUCAGCCUGGAGAGGAGCCUUGCCCUGUAGAUCCAUGGAUCAUGGUCCCAGACAAGAGCAAGUAUGUUGAUCAACAGACUUUGAAGUUGCAGGAGAACCCUGAAGAUGUCCCUACUGGGGAGCUGCCUCGCAACACGCUACUUUCUUUGGAUCGCCACCUCGUUCAAACAAUUGUGCCUGGCACAAGACUGACCAUCAUGGGAAUUUACAGUAUAUAUCAAGCAAGCGGCUCUGCUGUCCAAAAAGGUGCAGUUGCAGUCAGACAGCCCUAUAUCAGAGUUGUAGGCAUAGAUCAAGACCAUGAUACAAACUCUGGAGGUCUUUCUUCCUUCACAGUAGAUGAGAAAAAAGAAUUUCUAGAAUUUGCUCAAAGGCGAGACUCCUAUGCGAGGAUCUGCUCUAUGAUUGCACCUUCCAUAUUCGGUCAUGACAAUGUGAAGAAAGCCAUAGCUUGCCUCUUAUUUGGAGGGUCAAGGAAGAAAUUGCCGGAUGGGGUGAGAUUAAGAGGAGACAUUAAUGUUCUACUUCUUGGAGAUCCAUCUACUGCAAAAUCGCAGUUUCUCAAGUUCGUUGAGAAGACUGCUCCUAUUGCUGUUUAUACUUCUGGAAAAGGUUCAUCUGCUGCUGGUCUUACUGCUUCUGUUAUUCGUGACAGCAGCUCGCGGGAAUUUUAUCUUGAAGGAGGUGCCAUGGUGUUGGCAGAUGGUGGAGUUGUUUGUAUUGAUGAGUUUGACAAAAUGAGAGUGGAAGACCGAGUUGCCAUCCAUGAAGCCAUGGAGCAACAAACCAUAUCCAUUGCCAAAGCUGGAAUAACAACUGUCCUUAACUCUAGAACAUCUGUACUUGCUGCUGCUAACCCACCCUCUGGGCGUUAUGAUGAUUUAAAGUCUGCACAGGACAACAUCGAUUUGCAGACAACUAUUCUAUCCCGCUUUGACUUAAUCUUCAUUGUGAAGGAUGUCAGAAAGUAUGACCAAGAUAAGCUCAUAGCUAGUCAUAUAAUAAAAGUCCAUGCGGGUGCUGGUAUGGCCACUAAGGAAUCCGAUGUCUCAGACAAGGAUAACUGGCUGAAGAGAUUCAUCCAGUACUGUCGCAUGUUUUGCAAGCCUAGGUUAUCUGAUGCUGCUGCGAGCAUGUUGCAGAACAAGUAUUUAGAAAUUAGACAAAAAAUAAGGCAACAAGCUCAUGAAGCUGGUGCAGCUGCCCCAAUACCAAUUACUGUGAGGCAGUUGGAGGCUAUAAUUAGGAUAAGCGAGUCCCUUGCAAAGAUGAGACUAUCCUCUGAGGCAACAGAGGAACAUGUGGCGGAAGCUCUCCGACUCUUCAAUGUUUCCACAAUGGAUGCAGCACGAUCUGGAAUCAGUGAACCUACUGAUGAGAUGAGAAAAGAGAUACAGCAAGUGGAGACCCAGAUAAGGAGGAGAAUGGGAAUUGGAAGCAUUAUGUCAGAGAGGCGGCUCAUCGAUGAACUCACACGAAUGGGAAUGAGCGAGUCUAUUAUAAGAAGAGCCCUGCUGACUAUGCACCAGAGAGAUGAAUUGGAGUACAAGAGAGAGAGACGCAUAAUUGUUCGCAAGGCUUAACCAACCUAUCAUAGAGCACCUGUGUCGGUCGUCUUUGAUUGAAUCCCAACUCAUGACAUGGCCUAUUUCUUUGUCAUUGGAACCAUUGGUAUUGGUUCCCAAAGGAAAGGCAGUGCAACCAAGUUGUUUGGAUACGAGGCAACGUACAUACUGUGGUUCUCACUUGCCAUCUUUUGUAAUAUAACUUAAACUAGUGCUAAUGGAAUCUGGAAGUUAUUAUCA